UCAUUGUUAAGGCAAUAAGUGGAUUUUUAGAAAUCAAUCGGCUUCACUCUGUUUUCUGGACUUGUUCUUCAUUGGAUAAGUGCAUGGCUGCUUCAGGUACUUCGAUGAUGGCUUCCAAUUCGGAAAACUUUCAAAAUAAAGGAAUGUUGGAGAUGCAUAAAGAUGAAGCAAUUAGGUUUAUCUGUCCUAAUUUUGCUACAGACUAUAUACCCGGAGUGCUGAAAUUACCAAGAGAGUUUUGUGUGGAGAAUAGUAGUAGCAUCCCUGAGAGGGUUCUGUUAAAUGUACCACCACGCGUGUUAUGGAAAGGUUUGUAUAGGAAUGAUACAUUCUGCAUUGAAGGAUUAGAGAAAAUGAUGAGUUCGUAUUCUAUAAAAGCUUAUCAUCUGGUUCUCUUUGAAUAUCAUGGUGGUCAUAUUUUUUAUAUAAAGAUAUUUAAUCCUUAUGGGGUGGAGAUUAGUUAUCAUAUUGAGAAUCGAACUCAUAGUGGAGUAGAAAUAGAUAAAAAACUGUUGACAACGUCUGGCGUUGAAGAAGAAAAACUUUGUGGAACAUUGUCUUUUAAUGCUUACGAAAGCUGUAAAGGAAUUUGCGAUGUGGUUGUACAGAAGAAGGAUUUGCGUAAGAGUGCAGGCUAUGCUGUUUUCGAAAAGCAAGGAUGGGAAAGUCUAGGACUUGUGGAAUCAAUGGAUUCGGUAAAGCUAAGUUACAAAAGUCGCAGCUGGGUGGUAAAGUUGCAUUGGCAGAAUGGGAAGCUAUACAUGGGCCGCAAUUGGUAUAGUUUUGCCAGCGCGGGUAAUUUGCAGGCAGGAGAUACUAUUGCAUUUCAGAAGACGGAGAUACCUCAGAAGUAUGCAAUAUGUGUUUUUGAAAAAGAUUUAUUGGGCAAAUGUAAUUUGGCAGGUGUCGGGCAAAAGAAUGGAAUUAUGGAUUGGUUUAAAAUUGCAGACUUACAAUUCAUCUCCACAGGAGAAAUGGAAAUACCACGGGUGUUUACAAAGCUUCCCGGCUUCCGCAUUCCGCCAAUUGUAAAUUUGGUGACGUGUGACGGGCAGACACUGAUAGCUAAGUACAGUCCAGAGAGAAAUCUCCUCUUUGGAAUGACGGAAAUGAUACGCAAAUAUUCAAUAAGAGCAACAGAUGUGAUGAUUUUCUCAUUAUCCAACAACUGCACAUUUGUUGUUUCUCUCUUUAAGAUAUCUGGUAUGGAGUCAAAGUACAUUGUGGCUGAAAGAUAUGGUGCUGAGACUGUAGUCAACAGCGUUUCCGAACAAAUUAGGAAUAAUGCUCAAGCCAAUUUAGAAGGAGUUGAAUUGGAGAAUGCUACGGAUGCUGCUGUGAAUGCUGAAGUGGAUAAUGGUGGAAUGCCUAUUCACCCUAUCAGUUUCAAAGUCACUCUGAAGCCUUCCCAUGUUGACAAAAGACAGCAUGGAGUGUAUUUUCCUCCAAGUAUGUACCCCACUUAUCAAUUGUGGAGCGCUUCAACCAUGAUAAGGUUAAUAUGUGGUGCUGCAAUUUCAAUGGUUUCAGUAUUACGUUCCGGGAAAGUAUGCAGGUUUGGGAAGGGUUGGUCCGAGUUCACAGUGGAGAACAAACUCUUGGAAGGCCAAGUCAUCCAGCUCACCUAUGUCGACAACCUGACUUUUCUAGUUACUAUUGUGCAGUAGAUGAUAACUUCUGUAUUUUGAAAGCACUUUUAGCAGUUAUUAAACUCUGCGAAUUUGCCCAAACUCUUCUUAUUUUGUCGGAGCCAUUCGAUUCAUGGUUGAGUGCAAUAUGAUACAAUGAUAUGGAUGUUUA